AACGGAAAUAGGAACUGAGCCGGCCCGUGACCUCCUAGCGGUCCCGGAAGUGUGGCUUUUCUCCUGGUUUGCCGCGGACGGCGGCGGUCUGCGAGCGCGGGCGGGACCAUGCUGACUCGGCUGAAGGCAAAUUCAGAGGGGAAGCUUGCAAAACAGAUAUGCAGAGUUGUGUUGGACCAGUUUGACAAACAGUAUUCCAAAGAGCUUGGAGAGUCCUGGAAUACAGUAAGGGAUGUUCUAAUAUCUCCAUCACUGUGGCAAUAUGCCAUCCUCUUCAACCGAUUCAAUUAUCCCCUUGAGCUGGAAAAGGACUUACAUUUGAGGGGCUAUCACCCAAUCCUUCAAGGGUCCUUACCGUAUUACCCUAAAUCAAUGAAGUGUUACCUCAGCCGAACUCCAGACAGAAUGCCUUCAGAACGACAUCAGCCUGGAAACUUGAAAAGGUACUACCUCCUCAACGCUGCUUCUCUCCUCCCAGUCCUGGCUCUGGAACUGAGUGAUGGGGAGACCGUUCUGGACCUGUGUGCUGCUCCGGGAGGCAAAUCGGUAGCUCUGCUUCAGUGUGCUUACCCAGGUUAUCUUCUUUGUAACGAAUAUGAUAGUCUGAGAGUGAGAUGGCUGAGACAGACAUUGGAAUCUUUCAUCCCACAAUCUUUGACAAAUGCAAUUAAAGUGUCGGAAUUGGACGGCAGAGAAAUGGGAGCUGCCCAGCCUGAAGUGUUUGACAAGGUGUUAGUUGAUGCUCCGUGUUCAAAUGAUCGAAGCUGGCUGUUCUCGUCUGAUUCUCAGAAGGCUGCCUGUAGGAUCCAUCAGAGGAACAAUUUGCCCGUCCUACAGGUAGAACUCUUAAGGUCUGCAAUUAAAGCCUUGCGGCCUGGAGGGCUACUUGUGUACUCCACAUGCACACUCUCCAAGGCUGAAAACCAGGAUGUGAUCAGUGAGAUCUUAACCUCCAACAGUACCAUCAUGCCCGUGGAUAUUAGUGCAAUAGCAAGGACUUGCUCCCAAGAUUUCACCUUUGCCCCCACUGGCCAGCAAUGCAGUCUCUUGGUGAUUCCUGAAAAGGACAAAGCCUGGGGUCCAAUGUUUGUAGCCAAACUGAAGAAAAGCCAUGAGUACAGGAAAAUGGCCAUGUGGAUUUUUUUGAGAUCAACAAGAGCAGAAGGGAGUUAUGGGAAGAUUGUGGACCUCAUCCACUGACAGAGAGACAUCAGCAUGAUUUGAGAAAGCUUACCAAGAACACGAGGGGCUGGAGAGAGAGUUCAGCUGUUUAAAGCACAUAAACUGCUCUUGCAGAGGGCCAGAGUUCGGUUCCCAGAGCACAGAUGGCCAGGCUCACAAUGCCUCUAACUCUAGCCGCAGGAGAUCUGAUGGCUUCCUCUGGCUUCUGAGAGUAUCUGCACACUUCCACACCAACACACAUACACAGAAGUAAAAACAUAAAAUAAAUCUUAAAAAAAAAAAGAACCAACGUAAUGGCUGCUCAGCUACAGAUGCACAUCAGAAGGGAUGCAUGGCCCGCAGAGACUUACUUCGAAAGAGAGAUGAAGAAAAUGUAUCAGAAUUGUGCACGCUUUGUAAUCCAGGCUUCUCCACAUGGCUGCUACCCUUCUCUGUGCUGGGACUAGGAAAUCAGGGAAGACUUGCUGAGCUAGAAACCAGAAGGGCAGUGUUAUAGAAAAUAUGACAGCACACAGAACAUGGUGCUACACACCUAUAUUCCCAGCCCUUGUGAGGUUGAGACAGCAAGAGCCUGCAUUCAAGGCCAGUCUGUGCUACAAUAGUGAGAUUCUGUCUCAAAAAGUGAAUGAGUAAGUAAGUAAAUAAGGACAGGAAGACGGACAGAAAAGCAGAAAGCUGAAGGACAAAGUGAACUGUAAGGAAUGCAUGGGUCAAGUAAUGAUGGCUGGGAAGGGAAACGGUCUUUGUUGGCUAUCUUACCACUUGCCUGGCACUUUAAGAUCAUGCCUCCUCUCCUUUUCACAGCCGUCCUGAAAGGGGAAAUACUUUGGCACCCUCCAUUUUCAGAUAAAAUGAGCUCACCCGAUUUGCCCAUGUAGAAAGAUUGAGACUAUAUUCAGAAAUUGUGUUUUAAAGUCAGUAAGACAGCCAAGAAAAAAAAAAAAA